AUGUUAAAAAUUUGUAAAAGAUUAAAAGAAAAAAAUUUUUAUUUAAAAUAUGAUGUAAAGUUUUUUAGUAAUAAAACAAAUGUGGAAGAAAAAGAGAAAAAGUAUAACUUAUGGCGAUGGGGAUGUACAGGUGAUAGUAUAUUUUCUUCAGUAAAAGUUGGAGAAAAAAACAAAUUGCCUGAGAAAAUAUCAAAUUUUGAAAAUUCAAAUAUUGAGAAAUUAUCUGCUGGUUGUAAUCAUGCAGCUUUUAUAGUAGAUGGAAAAAUUUUCACAUACGGUUUAAAUGAUAAAGGCCAAUUAGGUAGACAAUUGGAUGAAAAUGAAAAACAAAAAAAUUAUUCCUUAAUUCCAAAAGAAGUUAAUAUAUCGAAUAAUGUGAAAUUUAAAAAUGUUUGUUGUGGAUUUAAACAUACUUUAGCUAUUGAUGAAAAUAAUGAUUUAUACAGUUGGGGUUGGGGAGGAAAUUUUUUUAAAGGUGCAAAUGGAUUAGGACAAGGUAAUAAAGAAAAUAUUAUUUACCCCAAAAAAGUAGAAUCAUUUAAAAAUGAAGAUACAGAAUUUGUUGAUAUUUGCUGUGGUGAUCAACAUAGUCUUGUAUUAACAAAAAACGGAAAAGUAUAUGGAUGCGGAAGAGGAGAAUUUGGAAGAUUAGGCAGAGGAAACCAUGGAGAUCAAUUAUUUUUUGAAGAAAUUGAAUUUUUUACUAGUAACAACAUAAUUAUUAAAAAUAUCUGUUGUGGUCAUAGUUUCUCUGCUGCCUUAUCUGUAAAUGGGGAACUUUAUGUUUGGGGAAGAAAUGAUUAUGGGCAAUUGGGUAUCGAAAAUAGUAUUGGAGAUUUAUAUUCUCAUGAAGUAUAUCCAAAUAAAGUUAAAUAUUUUGAAAUUGAAAAUGUUAAAAUAAAAUUAAUAGCUUGUGGGGAUAAUCAUAUGAUUGCAUGUUCAGAAAAUAAUAUUAUAUAUUUUUGGGGUGCAAGAGCAUGGCUAGAACCAAAAGCUAUAACAUUAAAUCCUAAAUAUGAAAAUAGUGUGAUUAAAAGUGACAUUGAAAAAAUAGACGCUGGAGGAAGUUCCUACUAUUAUUCAAUGCUUUUAUCUGAUAAUAAAUUGUACUCUUGGGGAAAGCAUAAUUCUUCCUGUUUAGCUUUAGGAGAUAAAAAAAAUCAUAAUGAACCUACAUUAGUGGAUUCUAAAUUAUUUAAUGACGAAAAAGUAUGUGAUAUUUCAUGUGGCAGAGGAAGAGUUCUAGCUAAAACUUUAGCAAACAAUUAA